CUCACAGCACAGGGGGAGGGCCUUGUCUGCUUUCAAUCAAUAACCUCUGGAAUUCAGAAAUACAAGUAGGUCCUGUCUCUGGCAGGCUGUACCACACUCUUGAGGGCGGGCUCCCAGGCACACUCGACGAAAACUCUAUCUGCUCCUGGCAUUCUCUGUCUGUUUCCGCAGGUCCGACUGCGUUUUGAUUCCAUCACAAUGGCUGAUCACACUUCUCCAGAUUACUUCAGCUGCUCCCUGUGUCUGAACCUUCUGAAGGACCCUGUGGCCAUCCCCUGUGGCCACAGUUUCUGUAUGGACUGCAUCAGUGGCUACUGGAAUGAGGCUGACUACACAGGGAUUUACAUUUGUCCCCAGUGUAAGAUCACAUUCACCCAGAGGCCGGUGCUACGGCCAAACGCCACUCUGAGCAUGGUGGCUGAGAAGAUCAAGAAGAGCGGACUGACCCUCAACCUCAACACGUCCCUGGGGAACAUCUACGCUGGACCAAGUGACGUCCCCUGUGACUUCUGCUCUGGGAAGAAAUUAAAGGCUGUGAAGUCCUGUCUUAACUGUCUGGCGUCCUACUGUGAGAAGCACCUGAAGCCACACUAUGAAUCAGCCACUUUCAAAAGGCACAAGCUGGUGGAUGAGCUGGGAAACCUGGACAGGAAGAUUUGCCCGCAGCACCAGAAGUCCCUGGAGCUCUUCUGUCGAACAGACCAGAUGUGUAUCUGUGCUAUCUGCACAGUCAGUGAACACAGGGGCCAUGACAUUGUCUCUGCUGAGGCAGAGAGGGGUGAGAAACAGAAACUCUUGGGAGUCUCCCAAGCUGAGAUUAGACAAAAAUGCCAGGAGAGGGUGAAGGAGCUGGAGGAACUGAAGACUGCUGUGGAUUCAUUGAAGAACUCGGCCCAGAGAGCCAUGGUGGAGAGCCAGAAGAUGUUUGAGGACAUGAUCCGCUCCAUUGAGAGGAUGAGGUCAGAGGUGACCAAGCUGAUCGGUAUCAACGAGAAGGCUGCUUUCAACCAGGCCGAGGCUUUGAUCGAGCGACUGGAGCAAGAGAUCGAUGAACUGAAGAAAAAGGAGUCCGGCCUCAAGCAGCUGUACAGCACCGAGGAUCACAUCCACUUUUUGCAGAACUUCCACUACCUCUGCACCCCCACUGAUGAUGGCUUCAUACCCAGAGUGACGGUGAACCCUGACUUCUCCUUCGGGGCUGUCAGGAAAGCUGUGGCUGAGAUCAAGGACCGCCUUGAGGAGUUUGGCAGAGAGGAGCUGCUAAAGAUCUCCAAGUCAGUGAAUGAGGUCCCAGUGUACACUACAGAAAGUCGAACAUUGGACCGAAGGAGCAGAGGCAAAGAAAUGACAGUGGACAACACUCCUCCUCCAGAGCCAAAGAGCAGGGCAGAUUUUGUGAAAUGCUUCUGCCAGCUGAAACUGGACCCUAACACAGCCUACAAGGAGCUGUACAUCUCUGAAAACAGCAGAAAAGUCAUCCGCACCAGGGACCUGCAGCCCUACAGAGACAACUCGGAGAGGUUUGACAGCUUUGCCCAGGUGCUGUGCCGGGAGGCCCUGUCCGGAGGCCGCUUCUACUGGGAGAUCGAGUGGAGCGGGGAGUUCUCCAUUGGAGUGGCCUACAAAAGCCUCAGCCGGAAGGGCAAAGGCUCACUGUGUCUGCUGGGCUACAACGACAAAUCCUGGAGUCUCCUCUGUUCUGACACAGGUUACUCUGCCUGGCACAACCGGGUGGACAAAGCCAUCAACGCCCCCCACUCCCCAAGGAUAGGCGUGUACCUGGACCACACUGCGGGUGUGUUGGCAUUUUAUAGCAUAGGUAACACCAUGACCCUCCUGCACAGGUUUGAGACCACAUUUGUUGAGCCCCUCUAUCCAGGCUUUGGAGUUGGAACCUCAGUCAAGAUCUGCAAUGUCAAGUGAACACUGAUAUCUGAGCUCUCAUUUGAAAAUCUUUUCCAGGUGUUUCUCAUAAAAUGCCGCAAUGCUUUUGGAAUAUAUAUUUUUGCUAAAUUUCGAAACUGUACCAAACCACAUUGAGUUUCAUUGCUUAUUUUUUAAGAAAAAUGUUCCACCUAAAUGUGUAUCUACUUUUUUUUUAACUCUACACAUCACAUCAUGUUUUGCAUUAUGCUGUCAAACCACAUUUUCAUUUUCAUGUUUUCUAAGACAUUAUUGAAAUAUAUAAUUACUACAUAAUCACAUAAGUACAAUGUAAAGAGAAGUGUUAUUCCUUUUAGCAUCUGAUCAUAACUACUGGAUAAUAUUAUAACAUGACAGCACGUAGUAAAUGUCAGUCUCUGUGAGCUAAACCUGUAUAUGUUACAUGUUCCCACAGAUAGCAUCUCAUUUUUACAUUUACCCACAAUUAUUACUUCAUAAAGGGUGUGACAUAUUUCAAGUGAUGAUGUAAUUAUGUCAUAAUGAAUGUACCCUGAGAUAACCUGAGGUCCAUUUUCUUAUGAUAGGUCAUUACAUUGUUGACCAAUAUUAUUGCAUAAUUAACUGAAAAUAUAUUGCACUCUUAUGAUCGGUAUGAGUCAUAGAAUAACACUGAUGUUGGUACAUUAACAGGUAUUAUUAUGGUUUCAACACAUUCAGAAAAAUGUUUCGUCAUUUCAUUUUGUCAUGUUUUGAUAUCAUCUGAUGGUCAUAUCAGCUGCUGAGAGUCCUUACAGUUUUUUUUCAAUUGAACUAACCCGUAUUUAACUUUAUGUAUGUUUACUUAUAUAAUGUACAACCAGAGUAAAAUUGAUAUCAAGAAAAAACUUAUUUUGUAACAAAAUUAUUCAUUUAUAGUUCUAAAUAAAGAGCUAAAUGAAUGAACUGAUUUAUGUUUUUUGGAGAUUAUUGAUCUAUUUCAUAUAAACAAGAGGACCACAUGGUCCAUAUCUGUUCAAUGUGAAUUUAAAUAAGAAAAUAUAACUACUUGUUUGAUUUAUUUUUAUUAUUUGAGCUUUAACAAAGGCCAAGUCUAAAAAAUGUCAAGAGUAUCGGUAUCAACAGAUAUAAUUUGAACUUUCUGUACUAACACUACUUGACUACUGAAAAUACUCACGGCUCCCUCUGUCGGUUGAUUACAGGAACUGAACUGAAAUAAAAAUGUAAUGACCACUGUUA